CAGAAAUGUGCCGAAAAGAUUUAUUUUUAUAGAAAUUACAAAAAAAAAUUGUCGGCAUGAGGGCGGCGACGCCCAGUUCUUCCCCGAACACGACCAGUUACUGAGGCUGCGUCCAUGCAAAAGAUAAGAUCUAACCAAGCGCAAGAUGGCGCCACGAGGCAAAACAAGAGCGAGUCCUCGUCCAAAUACGAACGACUAAAGGACGCCACUUUUCCACGCGCAAUUAUGGUCUUACCACACGUUUUGAGCCUCAUCAACACUAUGCUCAUGUCUCCUGAAGAAGCUGCAAUCGAAGCCGCACGAACUGGUCAAUCGAGAUGGCUGCGUGACAUCAUACACAGAUUCGAGGGAUGCGGCAUAAAAGAAGCCUUCCUAAUUGCUGCUGGUAGUGGACAAGUGGUUGUUGUGGCAGAUUUGUACACGUAUAUUGAUCCCAUUUGUGAAGAUGAGGUCCCGGAUACAAUUGAAUUAGUGUUCAAAGCCGUCAGAAGAGCUGCAAGAGGUGGCCAUUCGAAAGUGAUAGAGUUUUUACUGUCGGACGAGGACGAUUUAUUGUUCAAGCCUAACCGGGGAGCAUUGCUGAGAAAACUCACCCCAGCUCUCGAGAACGCGGCGGCAGAGGGAUACUUGGACAUUGUGAAAUUUAUGAUAACUCAUGGGAGCCUCAAAAACUACAAAUGGGCCUGCAUGAGGUGGGGGAGGGGCGACGCACUUGCACUUGCCAUUUAUCACAAACAUGACGACGUUGUGGAGUUCCUCUUCAGUGUAUUCGAAGAUUUUCACUGGAAUUUAAAAUCUGCCUUAAUAGCUGCAGUUCAUGCGGAAGGCAAGGACAUCAUUAAAAGGAUUUACGAGCUAUACCCGACCACUUCGUAUUGGGAAAGCAAUUUAUUCGUUGAGUUGGCGUGGGAUGACCUCUACAUACGGGGGGUCAAGUAUUUAUACGAACACGGAUGGGACGAUGUGACUCUACUUAGCGACGCUUUUGUUGCUGCAGCUAGUAGAGGAUCUGUUGAAACGCUGGCGUUCUUCCUCGACACGGGACGGAUAUCACAACAACUCUUCGAUAAAGCUUUUGAAAAGGCGGUCGAGUCGGAAGGAGCUGUAGAAUUCCUGUAUGAGAAGAAGCGUGCUUCUUCUCUGGCGAUCAACCAAGCCUUCGUAAGUACGAACAGCCCCGCUCUUAUCAAGCUUUUGUACGAGAACGAGCAGAUUUCCAAUGACUCAAUCAGUACAGCUUUCACUAAAGCGUGUAAGGCUAAACGCACCUACAUCAACCAGUCAAGCAAGGACAAUAACCGCAUGGACAUCGUCAAGUAUUUGAUGAAGCUGGACUGCAUUCCCGCCGAGGUCAUUGGCGAGGCUUUUGCCUACGCUGCAAAGCAUUCUGACUCCGAGAUCAUGACGUUUCUGGCUGAAGACAAACGCCUGUCGCCAGACGAUGCUUUUCUGGGUGCAGUAGUGUAUGGCGAUCGGAAGCUAAUGGAAUCCACGUACGACGUCGAGAGGAUAUCUCCUGAGACCAUCCUGACAGCUUUCACGAAAGUUUCAGUCUCCGAUUCUCCUGACAUACUGAAAGAGAAAUUUGGCCUUCUAUUUGUGAUUUUAUUUACCCUAUAGAAGCCUGUUUUGACAUGCAUUUAGACGGUCCAUUAUGGACUUCGUCUUUCGUUUUGAGUUGUCACUUGCAGGGAGGUUGGUGCCUGUUGUAUUGAGAAGCUCGGCUGUCCGUUCCAAAUAACUCCGCAUUGGGCUAGUUAAUGAAGCGGGGUCAGAGCUGAAAUUGUACUGGAUCGCCGUCUGCGACUUUGCUAAGUGCUUGAGUGGGUCUAGUGCCGCCAGCUUGGGUUUUCCCCAUUGGAUCGCGAAGAAGUUUUCAAGAGCUUGAGUGUAGUGAGUUUCGUACGUUGUCGACUUGUUUUCGAUUUGAUGUUGU